GUGUAUGAUGGCCGGUGGCUGGGCCGAGGACGCCACCGAAGCUAGCACCACAACCACCACAGCCGUCCCCAUCCUGAGGCAGGUCAACGAUGUCAACGAGGACGGGACUUACACCUACGGCUUCGAGGCCGCCGACGGAACCUUCAAGUUGGAGACCCGCGACGAGAACGGCAACGUCAAGGGCAAGUACGGCUUCCUGGACGAGUUCGGAGAGCUCAAGAUCGUCGAGUACAGCGCCGGGAACGAGACAGGCUUUGUGCCCACAUCCGAUCUCCUGCCCAAGCCUGUGCCCGUCCCUGAGGUUCCGCAGAUUCCCCAACCUCUGAACUUCCCCACUCCUUCUAGACCCCAGUUCAACCCACAGCGAGUACCACAAGGUUCCUUUGCUCCACGCUCACACUCUCAGUCCCAAUUUACUCCUCACCCCCAGCAACAGCCUCAACUUGCGCGUCAUUCACAGCCUCGGUCCCAGUUCGCCCCCCACCCUCAGCCCCAAAUUAUUCAACGCCCACAACAGCCUCAAUUUGUUCCUCGCUCACAGUCUCAAACACAGCCCCAACUAGCCCCCCAUCCCCAACAGCCCCAGUUCACCCCACAAUCUCAACUCCAGUUCCUCCCACAGCAGUUCAGACCCCAGUCCCAAGUCCCUCGGCGCCCUGUCAAUAUCGAUGGUUUCUCAGAGGACACGAACCAAGACGGUUUCGUCGAUAGCUUUCCCGAGGGAGCUGCCAUGGGGAAUCCUUUCCUCUCAGGCAGGCCUUCUCCUUUCCCGGCACCACACCAUGUGCAACCUCGUCCUCAGCCGCAGUUCGCACCUCAGCAGAUCCCUCAAGGCUUCAACAGGUUCGUCCCCCGUCAGCCCCAAGUCAUCCCUCAGCUUACUGCUCAGCAAGUCCAUCAGUUACAGCAGCAACAGUUCCAUGGUUCCCAACAGAGACAAGGUUCUCGGCAAUUCAUAACUCCACAAUAUGUCCCCCAACAGUUUGCUCCUCAACAAUUUGCCGGAUAACGAUUCAUUCCUCAACCGGCCUUUCCAGACAGCCUGCAUAUGUCUCAGUGACAUUGCUAAUUCUCUUUAUGUUACUGUAUUCAUCUGUCGACUAUGAUCGAGCUAUCCUUUGUAGAUCUAUAAAUU